UCACGCACUUUGUUCGUGGUUGGUCGCGCAACGUAUUACUGGGUUCUUCAGUGAUAAUUUGGCGUUGUAGGUGCACAAUUUAAACCUUAUGUGCUCCCUACACAUAUAAUACACAGAGGAGACUCCACAAUUGUAUAGAAUUAAAAUCUUAACUCGUUCAAAUCGGUCCGAUUAUAUGAUUAUGGGUGAAGAUAUGUAAUUUGGACAGUUUUUGCGACAAUUAGUGACAAUUGUAGUGCGUUCACAUAACCUCCUCUCUCAUUUUUCGUGCGAUUCUCUCAAUUUAUCUCACUCUUUCACACAAAUUGAAACCCCUUCGGAAUUUUUGGAUCACUUUUUCGGCGCCCCGGAAAAUUUCCCGUGCACACUUACAUCUCACAACAGCUCUUGGCUAAUCAGUGAAAUUAUUCCGGAAAAUUUCGGACUCUCAAUGCAAACCGGCGGACACGCGUGUGCUGGCUGAUAAGUGAAGUGGCUGCCCAAAGUUUUUUUUUGGAUAAAGUGUCAGGAGAGUGAGACACUCGGUUUCGGAGUACCUGUGAUUCAUCUCCGAGCUGUCUCAGUAAUUUAUGAUCAGCAAUUAAUUUAAAAUUUAAUGACUGCCGAGUGACACUGAAUCAAUUUACUGUGAUCGUUGCCAAGUGGCUAAGAAUUUGCAGAGUGUUGCAAUAGCCGUCGGUCUUGCUCUCAAAGUGAAGUGCGUUCACACAGCGUAUUUUUCGGUUUUUUUUUUUAAUAAGGAGACAAGAAAAAUGCCACGUGAUUGAGAAAUUAAAGAGUGUCCAGAAGACAGAAAGUCUCGAUAAUUGAAUACUAACGCUGAGAGAGACAAGCUCAAACCUUCCGGUGUGUGAAAACUGUGAUCAGUGCCGGGAGUGUGACUACCCAGCAGGAUCUGCCCUCAGGCUGGUGUCGUCCGGUGGCCGCUUUUCGUGCAGCGACGGCGUCCGUGUACUUGUGAAAAGUGGCCUCUAUAGGCGCCAACACGCUCAAUUUCACAGACCUGGGGAGCCCUUACGAGGGCCCCCCGAGCACCCCUCAGUCGGGCAUGGAUGCGCCGGACGCCCCGCACACCCCAAAGUACAUCGAUGGGGGUGCGGCGACGGCGCCAGGGAAGUCGGCCUUCGUCGAACUACAACAACACGGGUACGGUGCCAUUCGGGGUGGUUACCAACACUUUGGAGCUCAGGGUGGUCAAGACUCCGGCUUCCCCAGUCCACGUAGUGCUUUAGGAUAUCCAUUUCCGCCAAUGCAUCAAAAUUCCUACUCUGGCUACCAUCUCGGCAGUUAUGCGCCGCCCUGUGCCAGUCCACCCAAAGACGAUAAAUGUGAAGAUUCUGGAUUACGGGUAAAUGGAAAGGGGAAGAAGAUGCGGAAGCCACGAACAAUAUACAGUUCUCUGCAGUUGCAACAGUUGAAUCGACGAUUUCAGCGAACACAGUAUUUAGCACUGCCCGAGAGGGCGGAAUUGGCCGCGAGUUUGGGCUUAACGCAGACACAGGUGAAAAUUUGGUUUCAAAACAGGCGCUCCAAGUACAAGAAGAUGAUGAAGGCGGCCCAGGCGCCAGGAGUCGGCAGCGGCCUGCCUCUAGGAGCUCCCAAUCCAGGCUCUCAUAGUCCGCAACAUCAGGCAGGUGGAGGAAACGGCUCGAGUAGCGGCUCACCUCCACAUUUCCUACCUCCUGGACACAGUCCAACACCAUCGAGUACACCGGUAUCUGAGCUUUCACCAGGUCUGAGUCCGCCAGCUCAGGUGCCGUGGAAACAGGAACCACCUCAUUGGGGCGACCACAAGCAGCCCCAAAUGACAACACAGCCACCUCACGCACCCCCUCAAGCGAUACACGCACCCCAGAUGAGUGGUUACGCGCCGCAGUAUUGGUAUCAGCCAGAAACAAAUCCGUCAUUACUAACCUACGAACGAUUUAUGACAACAUACACAUAAAUAGAGUAUGGCCUGCCGUUUAACACACAACAGUGACAUAAUUAAAGCACUUUAGAUAUAUAUAAAAUAAUUUUACAUAGUGAAAAAAGUGAACAUUUUAUGGGGAGUAAAAGAAAGAAAAAACAUUGAAAGACGGAAUGGAUUCCUCUAAAUAUAAAUAAAUCUUUUGUUAAAAUGCUGGACAUGUAAAUUUUUGACCUCUGGCAAAUGCAGUUUUUUUUAAUAAAUGAAUUUACUGAGUAUAUUAUUAAAAAAAUGGUUUUAAUAAAAUCAUUGAGAGAGAGCUUAACUUAAAUCUCUAACAUGGAAGAUUUAUAGGAAAGAAAUUUGUAACAUAUUUAAACGGAUAUAAACAAGUAUAAUCUCUUUUAGUUAGAUCUCAUUUCCAUAUAAUUUUCUUUUUUGCAAAAUGUAUAAUGAUGAGAAAGGAAUUCCGGAUUUUAUAGAGAUAUUGAUUAUGAUUUUUCUAGACUAAUUACUGAAAUCUGCUCUGUGCAAUAUAAAGUGAGGAAAUUUUAUAGGUAAAAAGUAAAAUAUUUAAAAAGACAAACUUUUCUUUGGCUACAAUUUUUGUUUAUUUUGUUCUGAGUGAAGCAAUUAAAUUCAAAAAUAGAUUUUUGAGAACGAGAAAUUCAAAAAAAAAAAUCAUGAAAAAUCUCUGGCUGUGAUAAAAUAUUUCUUAGAUAACAACAGAAAAGAACACAAUCUGAAAUAUUGUGAGCCAGAAAUUUUCAUCCUGAAUGACAAAAUAAAUGCGAAAGUGUAAACAAAUUAAGGAUAUGAUUUGUCCAAGUAUUUGUAUUUCUUACUGUAAUAUAUUAGCUUGUAAUGAGAAUGAAAUUACAAUUUACAUGAGCCGGAAUGAUAGAGUAUGCAAAAUUUAAAUAAUUUCUAAACUAGACUUAAGACAUAGAUAUUGAUUUUAGUUUUUAAAUGAAAGUGCGUGCUAAGCUAUUCUUAUUGAUGGACAGACAAAAAUGCUAUGUGUACAUUUUCCUAAAACAAAAAACCUGUUCCAAAAUUGAAAAAAUUAAUCAUUCUUUCUGUCAGUAUUUGUUCUCAUAUCGAAAAGUAUAAUGAUGAAAAUGAAAUGUAAAUUGCAAUGUGAUUCAGUUACAUAAAACAUAAAAAUAGCGAGUAUGAGAAAUAGGUGAAAAUAAAAAGGAAAAAACAUUGAAACCAACAUUUUCUGUAUAGAUUUUAAGGCAUAUUGUUUGUUUCAGAUAGAAGAAGAAAUGAAUGUAAAAAAUGAUGAAAAAGGUAUUAAAUAUGUAUUAUUACUACAAAA